CUGCAGUUUCUAUUUCUUCCCCGAUCUGGUGGCAGACAAUCCACAUAAAGUUCCAUAGUCACCAGUGAUGAUAUGGCGGACUAUGAUGAAAUCACACAGAUACGUCUGUGCCAGUACUCACCGGGAUCCACCCAGAAUGUACAGGGACACAGGUUCACCAAAAUAUGUAUACAGCUUUUUGGAAUGGCAGGUCACGGCAAAUCCUCUCUAAUUAACUCCUGCGUGUGCGUGAUGUCGGAGCAGCCAUAUGCGAAUGUUGCAGGAGCUGGCAGGCCUGAAAAUCCGAACACCAUGGAACGGAAAGAAUUUAAGUUGUUAAACAAAGUGUAUAUCAUUGAUAACCGAGGCGUUGUUAAACUGAACAAGGAAGAAAUUAACGAGAUCACGGCUCAGAUGAAUCAACUACGAAAACUGGGGAAAGUGGAAUGGGGGGAAAAUCUACUGAAAAAUCCUGAAUAUAUUGUUGAAAAAUUUACAGACCCACCUUCAGAGAUUGUAGUGCCCGUCUUUGUGUACAGUGUUGCAUAUGGAUGGUCGGAGAAGAGAAAGGAUGAAUUAAAGCCAUUUCUUGAAUGGGCGUUUAAUAUGACAGAUAUUUCUCCCAUUAUUGUUCUCACUAAAUGUAAAAAUGUGGAUCUAGAGAAACUCCACAAACAAUUUAGGGAUCUUGGUGCUAAUUAUGUGAUUCCUGUUGAGAACUACACACCUACAGACAACGUGCGGACACCAGAAAAGGACAAGAAUAUCCUGAAAUUCCUGGAUGUCUGUGUGCGAGAGGCGGAUCGAUCAAUUUAUCUGAAUAAAAACCCACAAGAACAGUUUCUGGAGAAGCUUGCCCAGCAGAUUGAUGGAGAAAUGAUGGGCAUUGAUAAAAAGAUUGAGGAACUGAUGGCUAGACGGAAAGCUCAGCAGAAGGCGGAUCGAUCAAUUUAUCUGAAAGCAAAUAAAGACCCACAAGAACAGUUUCUGGAGAAGCUUGCCCAGCAGACUGAUGGAGAAAUGAUGGACAUUGAUGAAAAGAUUGAGGAACUGAUGGCUAGGCUGAAAGCUCAGCAGAAUCAGCAAAAGUCCUGCAUAAUGUUAUAA